ACUCGGUGUAAGGACUUCGAUGUAGCAGUUCAGAAUUAAGUGUCGCAAAGUUCAGACAACUUCUAAAUAAUACGCCAAGCCUUAAACUUUAGUUUUAUUUUUAAAUUUCUAUUCUGUGAUAAAAAUAUAUAAGGCAAAACAUUUUAUUGAAAAGUAUUUAAGUUAUUCUUAAGAAAGCUCAAGUUUCUAUCUAAAGGAUAAUAGGAUAGGGUGCGGCCUAGCCUCAAUUUUCAGUGAUUAGAAAGCAAAAUGGGCGUAGCAAUUACGAGGAACUGAGACCGCGCUCGAAGUGCAACAGCCCGCAUUGGAUGACUGGCCACUCCGAGAUGGACAGCCAGGACAGCAGCACUGCCUCCACUCCACAGCCCAAUGGGCAACCCAAUCCCGGCGAUCAACAGGAGGCCUUGGCCCUGAAGAAGGCUCUAGAGUGGGAGCUGAGCCUGGAUGCUCGGGAGCUACGAUCUCAUGCCUGGUAUCAUGGGGCCCUGCCGCGGCAGAGGGCCGAGGAGAUUGUGCAGCGUGAGGGUGACUUCCUGGUCCGUGACUGUGCCUCCCAGCCGGACAACUAUGUUCUGAGCUGUCGCAGCAAGGCGGCUGUUCUGCAUUUUGUGCUCAACAAGUUGGUCCUUCAACCGGAGACUGUUUACGAACGCAUUCAGUAUCAAUUCGAAGAAGAUGCCUUCGACACGGUGCCGGAUCUGAUCACCUUUUACGUGGGCUCUGGCAAACCCAUCUCGGCCGCAUCAGGAGCACUUAUCCAGUAUCCAUGCAACCGGACUUAUCCUCUCUCCUUCUAUGGUCACAAGAUCGUGGGAAAUCAGCUGCACACUCAGAUGCUGGCGGGCCUUCGAGGACUAAGUCCUCUCAACUCGCCCAUGGGCAACGGGGCAGGACUUCCGAGCAGCGUUCCAGGAGUGUUCAGCUUCGAGAGCCCACAACCGCAGCCCCUGGGCGGAAAUCCCCAAAGCUCACCUCCUCGGGCACGGCGGGAAGUUCCACCGCCUCCACGACUGCCAGGCAAGAAGCAGCAGCGUUCCCAGAGCCUGACUCCAGCCCAGGCCAUGGUGGUGAGCAACAUCAACAAAAUGCAGGAGCAGCAACAGCUCCUGGCCAACGCCAAUGGAAACGGAAUGGCGCGCUUCCAGACGAUUGCCAGGUGCAAUCCCACAAGUGAGCUGCACCUGGAGAGCAAAUUCUCCACCCACUCGCUUCCGAGAACCAGCACUUCCGCUGCCCAUGAACUGCGUCAGCAAGCAGCGGCCCGAAUUUCGAGUCUGGCCAGAAACUGUAGCCUUGACUUGACAGAGGACUCUGGACCGCCGAGCCCGCCCCCUAAGCCACGCAAGGAGGCGGUGGCCGCCGUGCUGGCCUACCAGGCCAGUGGCUCCGACUCGGGGAACGGCUCGGGAGACUCUGCCCUUGGCGAUGGCAGCGAGGUUAUCAUCCAGCGGGGAGUUGUCAUCAAGAAUCCCCGGUUUAUGAGCAGUUCAGCCUCCAAUGGGACAUUGAAAAGCUUCACGGACUUUGAUGCUCUGGCCUCUGAGGAGCAGCUAUUCGCCAUGGCUAUUGAGGAGAUUAAGCCAACCAGCAAGUUUGAUUUUGAAAACUUCAGCACUCUGUUACUACCAUCCGUGGAGAACAAGCCCCUAGACGGUGACGCCCUCAACACCUUCAAGAUGAUGCUUCUGGAGACAGGUCCAAAGCUGCUGGCGGAACACAUUACCCGUAUAGACGUUGGUCUCUUAUUGGAUGAACCUCCCAACGAUGACGAUUACUAUCUAAGUUGCUCGGGACUGGAACUGCUGACACUGCCCCAUGGAAAAAUCUUUCGGGAGGACAUUAUCGAAAGGACACAGUGCAUUAAGCUAAUGGUGGCUGUGACCAUACUCACCUGUCAAACGGAUCUCGAUCGGGCGGAGCUACUCAGCAAGUGGAUCCAGAUAGCGGUGGAGACCAAGACAGCCUUGGGAAAUCUGUUUGGAUUCUGUGCCAUCAUGUUGGGACUGUGCAUGCAACAGAUUCAAAAACUAGAUCAGGCCUGGCAUAUCCUGCGGCAACAGUACACGGACAGCGCCUUCACCUUCGAGGCCAAGCUGCGUCCCACAUUGAGCAGUAUGAACGAAGCCUCCAAUCCCCAGGCUCCAAACACAACCGUUCCCCAUGUCCUACUCUACUCCCUGCUGAUCGAUCGUCCUGUUUUGGACAUCCUAAAUUACUCGAACAUCGACGAUCGUCCUACCUUAUAUCACACCUGCAUUGCUCCCUGGGAGUCCAAGGCAGAUGACUUCGGGAUGACCAUCAACUACCAGCACUUGGAUGCGUCACGUGGCUUCCUGAAGAACUUGGAUCUGUAUCGAAAGAAUGCCAAAAUCAUUCUCGAAGAUGCUAGCACCAGGAUGGAUGAGCUACUGUCCGAUGCUUUUCGAACUGAGUUCCACGUUAAAUUCCUUUGGGGCAGCUCUGGGAUUACGGCCAAGGCCAAGGAUCGUCACAGCAAGCUGGAGAAGGUGCUAAGCCUCAUGGCUGACAAGUUCAGCAUGAUGGCCGAAAGUAAUAGGCAAUAAUCUCUCGUCUCUGACCCGUCAAUAACCUCUUUCUGUAACCAAUGAGUUGCCAUCACUUUAUUCCUCGAGUCCAUGUUUCUAUACAACUAUGUAUCUCCGAUUGCCGAUUAACCCUCCGCCAAUUUGAAAUUCUUGCUGUCUCUACCUCAGCCUGAGUAUUUAAUAAUUAAGCAGAAACACAGAAGCACUUUAUGUUACAGUUCAAAUAUUUAUUAAUCCUUAAUUAAGAAAACAUUAGAUGUACUCGCGUAAGCAACGUGAAAUGGAAUCAAAAUAGAAACCAAUAAUUAUAUUUAUUUUGUCCAGAAGAUAACUCACACUUCAACGCACUACUAAAGUCUCUCUAUAACAAUUAUCCAUACUAAACUAUAUCAAAUAUUCUACUAUAGAUCGGACAAUAUAUACUAAUCAAAGCAUCGUAUACACACUCUGGCAUAAUUAUAUAUCAUACCAUGAACACUGGGAAUACAUAAUUUUGCAAUUAUAUACAUAAGUGAUACUGCAGUAAAGAUAAUGCAAAUAAAGAAAAUGAA